CAUGCUGGUUGGAACGCUUAAAAUAUAUUUAACCAAAAAAAGAAGCAGAAAAGAUACGAGAGGCUGAGAUGCAGCAAAAGAUAGUAAUAUAAGCGGCGCUUAGGUACGGAAUCGUGAAUGAUGUUUUGACACUUGAAAUGAGGACUUAUCCGCAUCGUUUUGGCGUCUUUCGGAGUGGAUACGCUUCGCGAUGAUCAAAACCCAUCUUUUUCUCCGCCGCUGUUCCCUGCUUUUGCUGAUCAAUAUUCUCGCUUCCGUUGACCUCUUCGUCAGCUCCGGAGUUUAGAACAGCGAGGUGAGCAUGACCACCCAGUCGGAUGCUCCUCCCAAUGCUACUGAUAACAAACGUCAAAAUUCAGGUUUAGGUGCUGAAAUCACACAACCAACAAAUAUGGAUCAGCAAAAUGCCACUGAGCCUGUUAAACAAAGUUCGGCAACAUCAGUCUUUGUGAACUCACAACCAAUGCGGGAGGAACAAGUGCAGAAUGCUGUGAAAUUUUUGUCGCACCCAAAAGUUAAAGGUUCCCCCAUCAUCUACAGGCGAUCUUUUCUUGAACAGAAGGGCCUCACAAAGGAGGAGAUAGAUGAAGCUUUUCGCCGUGUGCCGGAUUCACCUCCAAGUGUGCAGACAGCUGGUGUAAAUCAAGAUGGCCAACUGAGGCCAUCACCAAAUGUUCAGCAACAAGUCCAGCCACAGACUUUGCAGCCUGGUGCAUCUGUUUCUACUGUCACCACUCCUUCAUCAGGAACCUUAUCUCGCUACAGAUUUCAUUGGUCCCAUGGCCUUAUUGCUGUUGGAUUACUGGCCGCUUCAGGUGCUGGUACAGCUGUACUAAUUAAGAAUUCCAUUCUUCCUCGGUUGAAAUCCUGGAUACGCAAGGUAGUCAUAGAAGAUGAAGAUGACCAGUUGAAGAGAACUGACUCAAAACCAACGUUGGCAGAAGAAGCUACGCAGGCUGCAAAAGAAGCUGCAGCUGCAGCUGCAGAAAUGGCUAAAGUAAGCCAGGAAAUGCUGGCUUCAAAAAGUGAAGAGAGGAGAUACUUUGAGGUAUAUGCGAGCCAUUUAGAUGAGCAAGCACAGCAACUGAAGUUAAUGACUAAUGCAAUAAAAAGACUGGAAGCCUCAAGUGGAGCCCCUCUCUCAAAGCAAGAAUAUCGACUCACUCAAGGGAGCUCAAAGCACAUGCAGCAAGUUUUUGUGAAUGGCGGGGGGGAGUAUGACAUGCGAUCAGUGAGAUCUUCAUCACCACCUGCUUCUGUGGAACCAGCUGCUGCUCCUCCAUCAAAAUCAUAUACAGAUAUGACUGUCCCGGUCCAAAGAGGAGAAAGAGAAAGGCCUUCUAAUAUCAGACCUUGGGAGCCCGGUCUGGUGCAAAGAAGCUACAAUGAAGAGCAUAGGACCCUAGUAAAUGAUGAAGAAUUGAUUUCUAUGGCAAACACCAUUCAAUCAAAUGGUAAGGACUUGAUUUCUAUGGCUCAGGACACCUUUCAAUCUAAUGGCGAUGCACCAUCGCCUUGGUGGCAGAGGAAAAAUGUCAGAAUCCAGGAGAUUGAGAAUGAGUAUGAGCAUAAUGCAGCACCUUAUAGUGCUCAAUCUAGUGAGCAGCCCGUUAGACGUUCAUGGAUUCCUCCUCAGCCUCCUCCCAUAGCAAUGGCAGAGGCUGCUGAAGCCAUUAGACGCCCAAAACCAUCGGUCCCAAGGGAACAGGUAUCAGAUGAUCAGUCAGUGGCUCAUUCUUCAGACACAUCUGAUGAGAUGCAGAGGACCCCCCAAAUAUCUGAACCUGAAGGUGCAAUAGAGGCCGGCAGUGUCAAGUAUGGCGAGGUACCUGAUGGGGAAGCCAAAUAUGAAGAGAGUAAUGAGUAAGAAGAUUCUAUUUUAUCAGUUAAAUCCACAAUACGUGGAGUCGGGAGCAGGGCUCCUGGUACUCCCAACUUCUACAUAAGCUUGGAACAAUCUUGCUUUAUAGCCAUACGUAUUCUGUAUCUUGUGGCUUAGAAUCGCUACAAUAAUAAAUAUCAUGGUUUUGAUUUCUUUACAA